AUGGAGAUGGAAAAUAGGGAUGGAGAUGGAGAUGGAGAUGGAGAUGGAGAUGGAGAUGGAGAUGGAGAUGGAGAUGGAGAUGGAGAUGGAAAUAGAGAUGGAGAUGGAGAUGGAGAUGGAGAUGGAGAUGGAGAUGGAAAACGGAAAGUAGGUUUGUGUAUUGAUGGUAGAGGAGGAGUAGGGGGGUAUAUGGUAGAAGAUAGAUGGACUGGGUUGGUGCAGAGGGGGAUUAUGGGGUUGGUUAGUGUAGAGGGGGAUUGUGGGUUGGUUGGGAUGGGGAUGGGAAGGGGGAUGGGAAUGAUGGGCCGGACUGAGUUGGGUUUGAGUAAAGCGAGGACUGGCCGUGGGUUGAAAUGGAUUUUGGAAUUUGAAGGGGGUGAUGAAUAUCAUGUCCAUUUUUUGAGGAUGUGA